UUUCACUUUCUCACAUUUUUUUUUUAUUUCCGCGCGAAUGAGCAGCACAAAGAGCUCGAGUCGACCGACGGGACUCCGCAGCAAGCGCACACAUUCGGACGUUGCGGCUGCCGAGCUGCUGGAUGAACGCGCGGCGACGGCUUUGACGACGACGACGACGACGACGACGAGCGGUGGCAGUAGUGGCAAUGGCGCAGUGAGCAAGGUCGCGCGCACCAGCUCGGACGCCGACGCCGCAGCAGCCGCAGCCGCAGUGGUCGCAGUGAGCCAUGCAACGUCGUCCCACGCAGCAGCCAGCCGCGCAACGAACGGUCACAGCGCAGACCACGACGAGGCAGCGAGCGACGCAAACCACGCUGACGUGGCAGUGAACGUUGCUGAUGGCGAUUCCGAUGGCAUUGCAUUGUUCAAGACAGCCAUGGCAGAGCUCGCGGCCGGCGCGACCGAUGUGGCGAUGAAACUCUUGCAGGGCGCCACGCACGAGCUUCAUGGCGAGAUUCAAGAGAGUGAAGCUGGUGUUCCUGAUGCUACACCCAUCACCUAUAAGCACUACUUUUAUCUGGGCUUGUGUUGGUCCCAGCUCGCCGGAUUGCUGGGCGAGCAACGGUACUUUGACGAUGCCAUUUCCCACUUUGAGCACGCGUUGCAACUGAAUCCGGAAGAUCAAGCGUCCAUGCAAGGCUUGAGCCAAACGCUCGUGCAUAAGGCAAUUGCGGACGAGGAAUCGCUUCUCCAGGCUCCGUCGCACAGCAAAGAACAACGAGACAUGGUUCUCGUGCGCCGUGCGUUUGACAUUGUCGACGGGCUGUAUGCGCGACCUGGCAAAACCCCAGCCACCUCGGUGCCGGAUCAUGCGACUGCAAUGACUCGCAAGACUGCAACUGUGAAUGAUGUCAGUUUCCUCGAAGAGUUUGCCAGCGCCUUGCACCACUACUCGACCUACCUGCCCGUCGAGGAGCGUGAAGAAAUUGCACUGAAGUCUCGUGAUAUUGCAAGCGUUGCUCUUGACCUGGACGGCAACCGGCUUUCAUUGCUGACCAUCAUGGGACAAGCGCUGACGGAUGCUGGCCUCGCGCACGUCGAGGCUGAAGAUGCAGACUCUGCAGCAGGUCACCUUACGGAGGCCGUCAAGUGCUUCACUCGAGGUCUUGCUCUUUGCUCGACCAACGCCGAGAAGGCGCGGCUUGAGCGACAUUUGAUGAACACGUCGGUGCACAUGGCAGACGUGUGCCCAGACGAGGAAUUUGACGCUUGGCGAGCGCGGGCGUUGGAGCAUUUGAGCAACGCCAACUCCUUGGUCCCAGGCACUGUUCCCAAGCAGACAGCACUCGAAGUCCAGCAGUUGAUGACCGCCGACAUGUCUGGCGACCAAGACGAUGAGGACGAGGCGGAAGACGAAGAAGAUGAAGAGGAAGAAGAAGAAGAAGACGACGACGACGACGAAGAAGAAGAUGAAGCCGAUGACGACGAGGACGAGGAUGAGGAGGAAGAGGCUCCUCGAAAGUCCGCCGCUCGCGGUGGCCGAGGCAAGGCGGCGACUCGAGGAAAAUCCACGCGUGGUCGCAAGUGAUUCCAUGGGUCACGCAAAUUUUGUUAUUGGUUUUGAGCUCGUUGUUUUCUUGUUGUAUCAUGUACCUCCGUUCCCUACAAAAGUCCCAUCAUCCACA